AUGGAAACCAAGAGUGUCGAGAUUUCAGAGACCAGUGCAUUGUUGGAACUAGUAGCGUAUGCCUGUCUAUUGAUUUACACUCUGUUUUCGCUGUUUGUUAUACCGUUGUGUGACUCCUUUGACUAUGGCGAUGCUCUCUCAAAGAGUCUCCUCUAUUUCGAAUCUCAACGCUCCGGCCGGUUGCCUCACAACCAACGCGUCACUUGGCGCCACCAUUCCGGCCUCGACGACGGCCUGGAACAAGAAGUGGAUUUAGUGGGAGGUUACUACGAUGCUGGAGACAACGUGAAAUUUGGCCUGCCAAUGGCGUUUACCAUAACAAUGCUUUCAUGGGGAGUCAUGGAAUUCCGGCAACAAAUCAUCGAUGCCGGAGAAUUCAAUCAUGCAUUGGAAGCGAUCAAAUGGGGUGCCGAUUAUUUCAUCAAGGCUCACACAUACCCUAAUGAACUAUGGGUUGAGGUGGGUGAUGGUGACACUGAUCACUAUUGUUGGCAACGUCCGGAGGACAUGACAACGUCAAGGCUAGCCUACAAGGUGGACACAGAAAACCCGGGUUCGGACGUCGCCGGUGAGACAGCAGCAGCAAUGGCAGCUGCAGCAAUUGUUUUUAAUCAAACAAACCCACAUUACUCUCGCCUACUAUUGCACCAUGCACAACAGUUGUUUGAGUUUGGUGACAAAUAUAGAGGAAAAUAUGACGAGAGUGUGAAAGUGGUGAAAGGGCACUACACUUCUGGGGUUAGUGGGUACAAAGAUGAGAUGUUGUGGGCAGCAAUGUGGCUUUAUAAGGCAACAAUGCAAGACAAGUAUUUGAAGUAUGUGUUGGAGAAGGCUCAUGAGUUUGGUGGGACUACUUGGGCUAUCACUGAGUUUAGCUGGGAUGUCAAGUAUGCUGGUCUCCAAAUCAUGGCUUCCAUGUUUUUGUUGAAGGAAGAAAAACACAAGAAACACACAAACAUAUUAAAACGGUACCGUUCAAAGGCUGAAUUCUACUUAUGUGCUUGUCUAGGCAAGAACAACGAGACUAACGUGUACCGCACACCAGGAGGCUUAUUAUACAUCCGCGAAUGGAACAACAUGCAAUAUGUAUCAACGUCUGCAUUUCUCCUCACAAUUUACUCUGACUAUCUUCAAGCCUCAAAUCAACGGCUAAGAUGCGAUCAGGGAGAAUUAGACCCACAAGAAGUAUUUGCCUUUGCGAAAUCACAGGUUGAUUACAUCUUGGGAGCAAAUCCAAUGGCCACAAGCUACCUUGUUGGUUAUGGUUCAAAGUACCCCCAAAGGAUGCACCACAGAGGAGCAUCAAUUGUCUCUUAUAGAGGGAACAAGGGUUUUAUUGGGUGCACACAAGGCUAUGAUAACUGGUUUAGCCGGGCCGGGCCGAACCCGAAUGUUGUGAUUGGGGCCCUUGUUGGUGGGCCUGAUAGAACGGAUGGGUUUAGAGAUGAGAGAUGGAAUUUUAAGCAGACUGAGGCUUGCACAUACAACACAGCAGCACUAGUUGGAGUUUUUGCCAAAUUGAGUGGGUUAGAGUGCCAUGAGAAGCCAAAUUUUGCUGCUUCUAGCUAA